AUGGACACAGUCCUGAAGUCCUCUGAGGAGACCUCUAAGGAAGUCCUCCGUGCCUAUGAUCUGUUCUUAUAUGAACAUAAUCAAACCCAGAAUGCCGCCAGAGGUAUUAGGGCUUUGUUUCUGGCAAUGCAUGCCAAUACCCUAAUGCCGAUGAAUAUUGGUACACCCACCAAGAGAUUCUGGCAGGGAUUGAGGAGAAGAUUAGGGACAGAAUCUCUCCAUGAUCACCGAUAUGCCACUUUUAUUGAUGCUAAGGAAGCUAUGUUGGAAGCGUGGCAUGCUAUCAUCCCUGAGCCAAGAGGAUACCACAUCAGAAAUUGCACCCUGUCUGACAAGCAUAUGGAGGAAUGCACACAAAACCUCCAGAAGAUAGCCAAAGCGUUGAAGUCCACAGGUGCAGACCUAGUCCCGCCCGGUGACCCAGUUCACAAGGGGAAGAAGCCCCAUACCCCUCCUAGUAACCAGCCUGACGCCAACAGGAGCUCUUCCAGAGACUCUGACCAGAGCACAGCUCAAACUGAAGUCACCAAUGGGGAAACCUCCAAUGUCAUGGACAAGGAUCCCAACCCGAAGCCUAUAAGCACCCAUACCCACGAGUUAACUAAAGGCAAGGGUAAAGCAGACUGCAUUACUGUACUCACAUGA